AUGCACAUGAAAACUGUGCUGCUCCUCCUCAUCCUGGCUUUAGCCACGAUAUUUGCUUUAGUCUGUGUGUUGCUGACCAGAGGAAGGGCCCCCAGCACCUGCCAGCACCAGCCCCGGGAGCAGGAGGACGCCGAUGACGGCCAGAGCCUGGUCUUUGCCGAUCUGACACCCGAAGAGAUGGUGCAAGUGGUGCGGUACCUGCAGGGAAACCUUGGGGUGCAGCUGGUCGAUGCCUCGCGUGCAAAACCCUCCGACAACUGCAUCGCCUCCGUCGACGUGCAGGUCCCCGCCAAGGCAGAGGUGCUGCGGUUCCUGGAUGGUGGUGGGGCUCGCCCCCCCCGGGAGGCGCUGGCUGUGCUGUACUUUGGGAACCAGCCAGACCCCAACGUCACCGAGUACGUGGUGGGUCCGCUGCCGACGCCAGCGUAUCACCGGGACGUCACAGUGCAGAAGUACGGGGGGAAGGUGCCGUACCACCGCAGACCAACACUGGCUGUUGAAUACAAACAGAUGGCAGGGUUUUUAAAAAGCCAAGUGUUCCCCACAGCUCCAUCUUUCAUGCGUCAAGUAAUGGAGUAUGAUGGAGCCAGUCUAGCAGCCCUGACAGCCGCCCCCCGUGGAUUCCAGUCUGGAGAUCGGAUCACCUGGUUCGUUUUGUUUCAGAACGUGAGUGGGUUCUUUGUGCACCCGGUGGGGCUGGAGGUGCUGGUGGACCACAGCAGCCUGGACAUCUCCCGGUGGGCGGUGAACAGGGUCUUCUACAACGGGCAGUACUACAGGGACAUGGUUCAGCUGGAGAGUGCCUACGUGCAGGGUCGCAUCAGCGUGGAGAAGGCCUGGAGCUUUGCCUUUGGGAUGAGCGUGAACACCGGCCUGCGCCUGUUUGACAUCCGACACAAGGGGGAGAGGGUUGCCUAUGAAAUCGGCAUCCAAGAGGCGUUGUCAGUGUACGGCUCCAACUGCCCUGGAGGGAUGUCAACGAGAACGGGGCCAUCGAAGGCAAGGUCCAGGCCACGGGAGUCACGGUUUUUGGCGGCGGAUCCCUGUGGAGGGUUAUUUGAGUCCAGGAGCAGCUCCUUCUGCACCGUCUGGUGGGCUGAGCAGUGA